AAUAGAAACGCACAUCCAGCCCCGUGGAGGCGGAGGAACACCUCAGUAGCCAAUAGAGAAGAACAAUAGCGGAGUGCUUCCUGAGGGCCGGGUCUACUGAAGAUGGCGGCCGCCGAGAGGGGCUGGUGGUGGUGCGAGUUACUGAGGUUUUUUUAUUCAUUAUUCUUCCCUGGGCUAAUUGUAUGUGGAGCUGUAUGUUUAUGUUUGAUCUUUAUCCUUUGGAUAAUCAGAGUGCUGCUACGAAAAAAGAAAAACUCAGCAUCAACCGGCAAAAAAGGGAAAGAUCAAAUGGUGAUUGCAUUUUUUCAUCCAUACUGCAAUGCUGGUGGAGGAGGAGAAAGAGUUUUAUGGUGUGCAUUAAGGGCCCUGCAGAAAAAGUAUCCUGCAGCAGAAUAUGUUGUUUAUACUGGUGAUGUUAAUGUCAGCGGUCAACAAAUACUAGAUGGUGCUUUCAGAAGAUUUAACAUCAGAUUAAUUCACCCAGUGGAGUUUGUUUUCUUAAGGAAACGCUACCUUGUGGAAGAUUCUCUCUAUCCUUACUUCACACUACUGGGCCAAAGUCUAGGGUCCAUCUUUCUUGGCUGGGAAGCUCUGAUGCAGCGUGUUCCUGAUAUUUAUAUAGAUUCAAUGGGAUAUGCUUUCACACUUCCUCUGUUUAAGUAUUUAGGUGGUUGCCGAGUUGGAAGCUAUGUUCAUUAUCCCACUAUCAGCACUGACAUGCUCUCUGUAGUGAAGAAUCAAAAUGCUAGAUUUAAUAAUGCAACCUUCAUUACCAGGAAUCCUUUCCUCAGCAAAGUAAAGCUCAUCUAUUACUAUUUAUUUGCUUUUAUGUAUGGACUUGUUGGUUCCUGCAGUGAUAUAGUCAUGGUCAAUUCUUCUUGGACAUUAAACCAUAUUCUCUCACUGUGGAAGGUUGGGCAUUGCACUAACAUUGUUUAUCCGCCUUGUGAUGUGCAUACAUUUCUGGACAUUCCCUUAGAGGAGAAAAAGAUGGCCCCGGGACAUUUACUGGUUUCUGUGGGCCAGUUCAGGCCUGAAAAGAAUCAUCCUUUGCAGAUCAGAGCCUUUGCUAAAUUGUUGAAUAUGAAGAAGACUGAGUCACUUCCUUCACUUAAACUGGUCCUCAUUGGAGGUUGUCGUAACCAAGAUGAUGAAUUUAGGGUAAACCAACUGAGAAGACUUUGUGAGGAGCUAGGAAUUCAAGAAGAUGUGGAAUUUAAAAUAAAUAUUCCAUUUGAUGAAUUAAAGGAUUACUUGUCUAAAGGAACAAUUGGUCUGCAUACCAUGUGGAAUGAGCAUUUCGGGAUUGGAGUUGUUGAGUGUAUGGCAGCUGGCACAAUUAUCCUUGCACACAAUUCAGGAGGCCCGAAGCUUGACAUUGUCAUUCCUUAUGAAGGGGAAGUAACUGGAUUUCUGGCUGAAAGUGAAGAAGGCUACGCUAAGACUAUGGCUCAUAUUCUUUCCAUGUCUGAGGAAAAGAGACUCCAAAUCAGAAAGAAUGCUCGUGCAUCUGUAAGCAGGUUCUCUGAUCAGGAGUUUGAAGUGACAUUCCUGUCAUCUGUGGAAAAGUUAUUUAAAUAAUGCCAUAUCUGUCCAAAUUAAAGAUGGGUAAUGUU